AUGGUGAAGGGAGGUUGGGGUGACUGUGUGGUGUGGCUUGUGGAGAGGGUUCGCGCUAAGGCUGCUGUGAUGGUUGUAGUCCCAGUGAGUUUCGGUCGGUUUGUGGCUGCAAUGGUGUUUGACGGUUGCAAUGGUGGAGGUUCAGUGAUUGGAACGAAAGGGGGUUUGAAAAUUGGUGGUUUUCGCUUUGGCUUAUACAUCGGAACAGGACGAGGCAAGACCUUUAGGAUUGGAGGAGAGAGGGACAGUGGAGUUUGCAGGCUUGGUGGUCGGCUGCCAUGGAGGCGUGAAGAGGCUACUGUGCUUGUAGAACUGAGUUGGUGGUUGGUGUUUUGGGACUUGGUUGGCACCUUUAUAAUGGUAGAGAUAGAUACUAGUAGGUGA